AUGGAUAAAGUUUUAUCACAUUUAACAAGUGAUCAUAUUUUAUUAAUUGGUAUUGUUGGUAUUGGUGUAUUUAUAACAGCAGUAUAUGAUAGUGUAACACUUGGAAUAAUCUUCUAUGCAUCAGUUUUAUUCAUAAUUUCAUUCAAUUCAAGAAAUAAUAAGAGUAUUAAUAAAGAUGAAGAUGAAAAUGAAGCUUCAAGUAGUGAUACCAAUAAUAUUACAAGCAAAAUUAAACUAUCAGUUCCAAAUAAACCAACUCCACCAACACCAACAUCAACACCACCAACUCAAUCUGUAUUAUCAAAUAGAACACCACCUAAACCACCAACAAUACCACCAACUAAAAUUACAACAUCACCAAUGACAUCGCCAACUAAAUUAUCAACACCAACACCAACACCACCAUCUCAAUCUGCACAAUUACCAAUUAAAGUUAUUCCAACACCAUCUUCACCAAUUGCAAUAAUUAAUAAUGUACAACCACAACAAUCACCAACUUUAUCAUCAACAAAUACUACACCAUCAUCAUCACCAAUUGCAUCAUCCAAAUUAAAUAAUACACCAUCAACAACAACAACAACAACAAAUACAACAACAGUUUCAUUUUCUUCAUCACCAUCACCAACACCACCAUUAUCAAUACCAUCACCAGUAAAAGUUGUUACAUCAAAUACAUCAAAAUCAGAUGCAAUUCUUGAAAAAGGAAAAAGAAUUGGUAAAAUGAUUCCACAAAUUCCAGAUGCAAUUGCAGAUAUAAAAAAAGAAUUUAAAGAGACGAGUAAAGAUAAAAAGAGUAUGUCAACACUUCGUGGUAUCAUUGGUGGUGCAAUUAAGAAUAUUUCAUCAUCAACAACACCAAUGACAGCAGAAGAAAAAGAGAAAGAAAAGAAAAGAAAAAUGAUUGCUCAAGAGAUUUUACAAACUGAAAAAGUUUAUGUUCAAAAACUUCGUGCAAUCGUUGAUGUAUAUUUAACACCAUUCAAAGUUGCUGCAACUGAAAAUCCUCAUCCACCUUUAACUCUUGAUCAAAUUCAUUCAAUCUUUUCAGAGAUUUUAAUCAUUUUCAAUUAUAAUUCUCAUUUCUAUAGUAAAUUAGAUGAAAGAAUGAAAGAAAAUUCAAAUGUUUUAAUAUUAGGUGAUUUAUUCCUUUCAAUUACUGAUUUUUUAAAAUCAUAUUCAGUUUAUGUAAAUAAUUAUACAAAAGCAAUGAGUACAUUAGAAAAAGUUAAAAAGAAUCCAAAUGUUGAAGCAUUAUUACAAACAUUUCAACAGAAUCCAGCAUGUGAUUCAUUAGAUUUAAAUUCAUUAUUGAUUAUGCCAGUUCAACGUGUACCAAGAUAUAUAUUGUUAUUGAAUGAAUUAAUAAAGUGUACCGAUCCAAAGAAUCCAGACUAUGAAAAUUUAAAUAAGGCAUUAGAGAAAAUGAAAGUUUUAGCAUCUGUAAUCAAUGAAAAUAAGAGAGAGGCUGAAUUUUUGAAUAAAAUGUACGAUAUUCAAAAUAGUUUAGAAGGUUUUAAUCGUGGCGAUUUCAUACAUCCAUCAAGACGUUUAAUAUUGGAUUGUGAAUUCAAUGAGAAACUAUUCAAAACCAAUUGUGCUCAACCUCCAAAAUCUUCUUCCACCCCAAGAAGAUACCUACUUUGCAAUGAUAUUCUAGUUAGAACUAAAGUGAAAGGAAAGAAACUUGUUGUUCAAGAAAUUUUCAAUGUAAAUGAUAUCACCUUUAAAGAGAUGUUGGGUGAAAAGUUAGCAAUCGUAUCUGGUAAUCAAACUGAUGUCUUGGUUCUAAAAUCUGUUGUCGAUGAAAAUCAAGAAGAGAAAUGGGUCGAAGCUAUCAAUAAUUGUAAAAAAACUUUUAUGUCAAAUCAAAAUAGUUUCGAAAGACGUUUAUCUUCUUCUUUCGAAAAUGUUGGUAUUUAA